GUAAAAGCCUUCUCAUCCUUCUCCUCCAUAUCGUCCAAGCUUCCCGCAUCAUCAUCACCAUCACACAUUACUUAACACCACUGCCCCAAUAGCCAAUACUAGCCUCUACUACUGCGACUGCGUCGAUAUAUAAAGAGUUGGGAAUUCCGCACUCGAUUGUUCAAUUAUUCUAUCCAACAUUCGCUCCAACACUUGCUCCAACAUUUCCACUAUCGAUAUGAACACCGGACACUACACAUUCCCCACCCCCGUGAUCUCUUCGAUGCCUUCACCAACUUACAACACCCGCCCAACUACUAGGGUAACAAAUUCAUCCACCACAGAAUUCAGAGGAAGCACAAACCCGGAUGAGGACUGGACCAAGAUCUCGGAUCUUGCUGAGCGCCGAAGAAUUCAGAACCGCAUUGCUCAACGCAACUAUCGCAAGAAGCUCAAGCGCCGCCUUGAGGACCUCGAGCGCCGCGCAGCGUCUCGCUCUCUCUCUCCCAACGGUGAAGAUACGGAUGGAAGAUCCACCCGGGAGUCAUCAGCGGAGCAGCCCAUCGUCUCUCCCCCACCUCCACCACCGCAGGUCCUUUCUGAGGCCCCAUUAUCAGGAGGGAACUGCCUCCCCCCGCUGGGCAGCACUGCAUACACCACCACCGCCAGCUACCCAUCACAAUAUCGUAGUGCGGCCAGCAGCAACUCCAGCCCAUUCUCAUCGUCAUCCCCCACUCCCUACUACCCAUCAGCCAGCCCACCCGUCAACGACACAGCAUCGUUAUCGCACUACGAGUCUCCGAGCACACACUACAUGUAUGCCUACUCGCAACCAACACUAUCUUCGGUAGUUGAGGCAACCUGCGGAUCCGGAAUCAGCUCAUCAGGGCCAGAGCACACUUAUCUUCCCCUCCCGUCAACGAGAAUCUCGUCCAACAACUACCAUCACUCAUACAGUGAUUUCAUCACUCCUAAGACUGCUUCAGUUUUCGACGAGAACUCGAUGAAUCCCCUUUACCUCAGCUAUGCUGGUUUAGCUGAAUCUCCAGAUCCUUCAUUCUUCUCUUCGCAAUACUACCACGACGAUCACUCAUCUCCGUCGUCCACGACUUCGGCACACUCCCCGCCGCUAGCCAUCAAAUCCGAAUGAAAGAUGCUCGAUUCGUGAGCCAACUUUGUACUUCAGUGUAAUUAUAUGAAAUUAGAUAUUUGUGAGCUGGGUUUCCUGUUUAUUUGUCACGGGUGUUGUUUUUUGUUCCUUUUUCCUUUUUCCUUUUUUCUUUUUCUUUUCACGUUCCUUUUUUUCCUUCCUCCGGUGUUUAUCUUCUCUAUUUGAGUUUUUCUUUGUUCGGUGAGCGAGCGCAUUAUAGGUUCCUGGUUCUGUUUGGGGGGCGGCUUUUCAGUUUUUCCUGUUGUGCUUUUCAUAUUUUUUCGCCACUACUUCCUAAAGUUUAUUAUCAUAUUUCUAGAUCGGAUAAAGUGUAUUAGAUAGGGUAGCCGGUGGGGAUUCUUUGGAUAGUGGGAGGAAAUGGUAUCGUUAGCACGAUUGAAA